CAACUCAGAGUGCAACUGAAAAAUGUUUUCUAAACACCUAGAACUAGUUUUUGGAGAAAAUUUUGCUCAUUUUAAAAAUUUUACAACCAUCAAAUUGCAAUAAGUACACGUGUGUACUUACCAAAGAAGAAAAACACUCACUGCAUUCACCGGUGGUUCAGCUGUCUUUUAUUCUGCCCACUUCCCCACUCUUGGAGUCAAUGACUCCAGCGGGUGAAGGCUCUGCCAGCCCUGCUCCAUUUCCCUAGAACCCACCUGCCCUAUCCCUGGGCAAGUAAGACUGCAGCUAGGUCCUACACCUCCACUUUUCUCCUGGGCAAGCCCUUUCUGGCAGGAAGUGGGAUGGCUAUGGACUCAGGCUGUUGAUGAGCAAAGGGAAAGUAGAGAGGAAACAGCAGACAGCAGGACGCAAAGAAAGCCCUGGUAGGGGCGGGAGAAGAGUGCCGGGGCCAGGCACGAGGACGCUCAGUGGUGACAAGCAGAGAGAGAGAGUAGAGCGCCCGGGAACCGGGAGGACAGAGGGAGAGCGCAGAGGGCGCGGCGACUGAGCGCCCAGGCGUCCUGAUUCCUGAGCGCAGGAGAGCCAGGCGCUAGGGGUUCGGGACGUGCCUAGUCCAGGGCACAUCGGAGGACUCGCGUGGCCCUGCAGACAGCCGCCCACCAUGAGCGAGACCAACCGGCUGUGUUCUGGCUACUACAGCCUCAACCACACCUUCGUGGAGCCCUUCCAGUGCCCCCGGCGUGGAGAGGGGGCCGCGCUCCUCUACUGCUGCGGCUUUGCCGACCUGAAGUACUGCUGCAGCGAGCCCGGCAGCUACUUCCCCUACAAGCACAGCUACAUGUGGAGCCUCAGGUCCCAGGCAGGGGAGUCUGCUGGCAGACAGAGAAGCUACGCUGAUAAGUUCAGCGUUGGUGCUCUAAUUGGAUUGGGAAUCGCUGCCCUUGUUUUACUUGCCUUUGUUAUCAGCGUCUGUGUCCUCUGCUAUUUAUUUCUGUACACAAAGCCUCAGAGAUUAGACACUGGCCUUAAACUUCAACACCUUGAGGCUCCUUCCUCUCACGAAGGCAAUUUAAAUAGGAAAACUAAAGUCUUCAAUUCAAAUGCACCAUCAAAUUCAACAAAUGAAACAUCCUAUGAAGCUGAUGAUAUAACUCAAGAAAAAGCAAUGGAUAAAGCACAAAUCACUACUGCUUACUAACGGAAAAUUCUGUGUUUCAAAAGUUCAUUGGAAGGCUGGGAAUUUAGCUGAGUGGCACUGUGCCUGCCUUGCAAGUGUAAGGUUGUGAGUUCGAUCC